AAAAUUGGCAAAUAUUUAAUUGCUUUUUUUAACUUUAUUUUAUAUUUGUAAUUUCCUUUCUGUAUUAGUAAUCAUUCUAGCGUUUAGUUUACCUUUAAAGAUCAAUGCAUAACAUCUGCUAAAAAAUAAAAGAUAUUCUACAAUGACUGUAUUUUCUAGGUUUGUAGCCUUUACAAACAAACACCCUGUGAUAAGAGGAAUGCUUUCCUAUGGAACUAUCUGGCCUACAUCUUGUAUUAUUCAGCAGACGAUAGCCGGAAAAACUUGGGAAAACUAUGACUGGUUACAUGCUUUAAGAUUCAGUAUAUAUGGUGGUUUGUUUACUGCUCCUACUCUUUAUGGAUGGAUAAGGAUAUCUACAAUAGUGUGGCCAAAGAGCACUCUUAAAUCGUCUAUUACUAAGGCUGUUACAGAACAAUUUACCUAUGGCCCACUAGCCCUAAUAUGUUUCUUCUUUGGUAUGAGUUUACUGGAGGGGAAGAGCAUUGAAGAUGCCAAACAGCAGGUUAAGGAUAAAUUUUUUCCAACAUGGAAGGUUGGUGUUUGUGUUUGGCCAGUUUUGCAAACAGUGAACUUUUGCUACAUCCCUGAGAAAAACAGAGUACCAUUUGUCAGUGCCUGUAGUUUAUUGUGGUGUUGCUUUUUGGCAUACAUGCAUGAACUCCAGUUGAAACAGAAAGAAUUGGAAAUAUCUCAAGUACAACUAUUAAAACAAUAACGAAUGUGAUCCACUAGCUGUAUAUUUUAGACCAAUUUUAAUUUAUUAUCCUGUAUAUAGAUGUAAAUUAUAUUAGUAAAUAUUUUUCUAUUAA